AUGCUGUCUGUUGAAAGCGCUCCAAGAUCAAACGGCAAACAUGUUUCAUUUGCAAUAGACGGUCAUGGCUCGUCAGUUGAAAAUAAUGUUUAUACAGAGGUGAGUAACAGCUUUCUUAAAACAAGUAAUUUCUCUGUUCUGAAGAAUCACUCAGUUCUGUCAGAAAUUAUAUGUUGCGGGACUCGUUAUGUACGAAGACAGUUUCAAGUUUCAAAACCGUUGAAAGACCUUGAAAUAUGUACGCUAUUCUCGACGCUAUCCGAAACAAUUUUAUGAAAGUUUCAAUUUUAUGAAAGACACAAUUUUAUGAAAGAUUCGUAUAAACUUGGUUUGUGUACAUGUUUAUAGCAAAUGUUUUAAAAAUUGUGAAAAAAGUCGAUGAAAAUGUAAACAAGGCGUUCCCGAGCAGCUGGUACCCUGGGAAGUAUUUUCCUGAUUUUGAGACUACCAGAUGAAUUCUAGCCUGUUUGUACACUAAAUUUGAACUCAUCGAAAUCCCAGGCAGCGAGCAGGCCAGAUGAAUUCAUAACCGUACUAAAAUGUGCACCGUGAUUUAACCUUUCGCGUUUAAAUGGGUUGCGUGAAACCGAACGAAUUUGAACACCGCUUCCAAUUCGAAGUGAAACAAAAGCACUGUUGGGGAAAUUUAUGACGGGCGCCAUUUGCAUUGAAAUGGGAUGAAAUACCUAGGUCCCGUCUAAAAUGACAAACAGUCUGUCACAAGUUAAUUAACAACAGCUUAACAUAUAAUCCACUCAUGUCCUAUACUGAUCUUCUUGUAUAUUCCGGAUAGUUCGGUUAAAUUUCGUCCUCGACAUAACGGGCUUUUAUUCACCUCGUCGACAUCGCCUCGGUUUACUCAUAUACUGGUUUACUAAACUGAAUAAAUUUCGUUUCGCACCUCGGUAUUCUCUCGAAAUUCCCGAAUUUUUUCUAAGACGCACUGUGAUUGGCUUACAUGGGUAUCCAUGUAAUGCGAUUCAUGAUUGGUCAAGUCGCCCCACCCCUUGGUUGCCAGACACGCUACUUCGAAUGUGUUUAUUCGAGCAGUACAGAGCAAGGAGUCAAAUAUUACAUUUUUUACGAUCAAACAACUCGAUCGAGCAGAAAUCUGUAAGCUUAGCAGGUAAGGGUGUUAUAUAUCAAGCUAUAAACUAGCUUUCUAGUAGCUUUUAUUUUGCAAACGGGUCAAAUUCUUUGUAUGGAAUAGUGUAGGUCGAAGUUAUACCGUAGAGUGUAGCACAUGACGCUUUUGUAUAAAUGAUAUCAUAGCAAAAACGUUGUUGCUUCGAAAAAUUGUUUGUGAUUACAAUAUGUUUCUGCUCGUAAUGUUAUGUUUAGGUUUUUGAAUUUUAGCUUAAAUCAAGAGGCUUACAAACAAUUGAAAGUGCUCUUUGCAACCGUCAAUCUAUCGGUCACAUUGCAAAUCUAAAAUUCGAUCUAUAAAGCUGUACAGAUUUUCAACACUAUCCAAUAUUUAUUUAACCCUGCAGGCGGAUAGCCAUAUUCGUCCCUCACUGCUGUUAAUACGAUGUUAGAUCUGUUUGCAUUUAUAUCGUUUUGUAUUUCUUUUUUAAAAGGCUUAUUCCAUCGCAAACACUAUGGGGGAUUAUAUAGUCGAUGGAGACCAGACCUCGGCAAAAUUGUUUGAAAAAUCACGUAUAAAAGUUCUCCAAG